AUGGAUUGUGCGAAGCACACGGAAGUUGCUCAAAUCCAAGAGUAUAGAGCUAGCAAUCUCGAGCAUUGCUCUGACCAAGGCUCUCCGAAGCGGCUGAUUGCCGGAAGGUAUCCAUCUCCUUCAAACUGGUCCCAGUCCCCCAUCAAACCUCCAAGUGAUCUCAUGCGCACUUGUUACCAAGAUCGGGUCUGCGAUGAGGAGGAAGUCCAGCAAACGAGCAAGGAACAUAUGGUCCAGGACGAUGCUCUAGACGAGGAGGAUGAAGUUGGCGUGAAUCCUGUGGAGGAUGAGCGACAUGUGAAGUUCGAGUCGACGGAGCUCAACAGCGAGCAGAAGGAAGCAGCCUUGCAUGCCGUCGACAUCCCGCUCCUUAUCCUUGCUGGUGCAGGAAGUGGUAAGACGAAGACGCUUGUUUGCCGCAUCAAGAAUCUCGUCUUUCGAGGCUUGGCUGUGGAAAACAUCUUGAUCCUCACGUUCAGCACCGCAGCUGCCAAGGAGUUGAAACAAAGGUUGACGAGAUGCAUUCAAGGAAAACACGCGUGGUCGAUCUUCACGUUCCACGCAUUUGCUCUCCAGAUCUGCAGAAAGUAUGCCAAGGAAAUCGGGUUGCCACCGGACUUUGUUGUGUUCACAGGGGGGAGGCAAAAGAAGAUCAUCACUCAGGGAAUUCUGGAAUACAGGUUGUUGGAUAUUCAUGGAGAUGUUAGAGACGAAGAUGACCAUACAGAAGACUCGCACAAGUGGAUCGACAUGCCGAAGCCAGACAAGCAUCGAGUCAAACGGUUGGGUCAAUCUCUUUCCCUAGCUCAGGCGCAUGGAACGGAAGCUGCGACGUUGGACGAUGAGAUGCGAUUCUUGUUGGAGUUUUACGAAAAGACUCUUGCGGAAUGCAAGUCACUGGAUUUCUCUUCGCUGAUCUCCCGAGCAAACAAACUUCUGCGGGAGGGUCAGAAUGAAGAGGCAAAGAACUACUUUCAUGACAUGUACAAGGCAGUUCUUGUCGAUGAGUUCCAGGACACAAGUAGAUCACAGUUUGAACUUGUGAAACAACUCGUAACAGGAGGGAAGAUUACCGCUGUUGGGGAUGAUGAUCAAACAAUCUAUGUUUUCAAUGGCUCCAAUCACGCGAACUUUGACUUGUUCAGAGGAUCAUUUCCCAACUACAAAGAAGUGAAAUUGACGACAUUGAUGUUCUGGGAGGUGACGGAAUGCCGGAACGAGAAGAGUGAGAUCAGCUUUGUGGUGCAACAGAUCGUGAAGGGACUUGAAGAGGGGACCCGAUACAAGGAAGUUGCGAUUCUUUAUCGCACGCAGAAGACUGGAAGGGUGAUCAAAGUUGUUAUGUCUGUGCUGCGGAUCGUAGCAAACAAUGGAGACGAUCAGGCAUGCCGGCGUCUCAUCAAGGGGUUCCUGUACCAAGACAAGGAGGCGACAGGAGCGAUUCUGAACCAUCUCGAAAAGUUUGCUGCGUCCAGUCUUGCAAGACUGAAGAAUAUCAGAUGCAUCAGCCUGUGGCAGUCUGCGCAGCAAGUGCUGAGGGCCAAGUUCAGCGGGAGUCUGUCCAAGAAACUUGUGAUCAUUCCAAGUCUUCCUCAGAGCAACAAGUACGACUUGAGCGUCAAUCAAGAAGAAGGAGCUCAGCUGCUGAACGAGAAGAAGGACAACAGGAGCGUGAGGGAGGUGUUGCUGGGCUUCAUCAAAGAGUUCGAGAAGAAGUUGAUGGUGGAUGGAGUUGCCGCUGAGUGGAUGUGCCAAUGGCACGAGGGAGGACGAACGAGCGCCGGAGGAGGAGAAGUCUUGUCGCCAUGCCAGAGAGCGAUCGCUGUCUUCCUCGACCAUCAGCUCGUUGAAGAGUCUGAACAUCAUGCAAAGUUCAAGUUCGACAACGAGGACGCAGUCACGUUGUCGACGAUCCACCAGAGCAAAGGAUUGGAAUGGGAUGUUGUACAUCUCGUCCGGUUCAAUGCAGGAGAGAUUCCUCUUGCAAACAACAUCAACACAAUGCUCGAACCCUCUCCCUUCCUGUCGGAGAUCCCGUCGCACCUCUUGCAACGAUCGAGCUUCAUGGAGUCCGGCCGAAGUGCUGAGGGGCGGGAGGGAGAGCAGGAGCAGGAGCAGGAGCAGGAGGGAGAAGAAGCAAUACAGAGCGACUCAUUCUUCUCUUGCGGAUUCUUGCAGCGAUUUGAGAUGCAGGAGAGGAGAACGGUGAAGAUUUUGACAACGACUCUGCCUCCACCUGAGUUGAACAAAACUUUACAGGUUGCGGCCAUCUUUCAUCGAUGGGCUAGGACUGAGAUGUACAAAGAGCCGAACAAACUUGUUUUCAAGGCGAUCAUGAUCAAGUGCAUCGUGCAAGACAAACUUGCUGCCAAGGACUGCAAGACGAAGAGUGUAUAUUCAAAACUUCUCGCCAUGCUGAGAGCUCCGGAGGAGGCGACGGUUGAGAAUUUCUGCGCUUCUGCAAUCAACUAUGCGAAAGAGGUGGUGAAAUUUGAACAAGCUCCUCUUACAGUGCGUGAGGAGCACAAAGCAAAGCGAGCAAGGUAA